CGACUGUAGCACGGGGUGGGGGGGUAGGUGCGUUAAUUGUUUAGUGAUCUUACACCACUACGUUGUGGUUUUGUUUUUUUCCCCCUUUAGGUCAUUUUUCUUCACGGAUUGGGAGAUACUGGGCAUGGAUGGUCAGAAGCACUUGCUGGUAUCAAAAGCCCCCAUGUAAAAUACAUUUGCCCACAUGCGCCAGUUAUGCCGGUUUCUUUGAACAUGAACAUGGCUAUGCCAUCAUGGUUUGAUAUCAUUGGACUUUCUCCAGAUUCACAGGAAGAUGAAGUUGGGAUCAAGCAGGCAGCAGAGAACGUUAAAGCACUGAUAGAUCAAGAAGUAAAAAAUGGAAUUCCUUCUAAUCGAAUUAUUCUAGGAGGCUUUUCUCAGGGAGGUGCUUUAUCAUUGUAUACAGCUCUUACAACACAACAAAAAUUAGCAGGUGUUGUAGCCCUUAGCUGUUGGCUUCCUCUACGGGCUUCUUUUCCUCAGGGCCCUAUCAGUGGUGUUAACAAGGAGAUUGCUGUUCUUCAGUGCCAUGGGGACUGUGACCCAUUGGUUCCUUUAAUGUUUGGUUCUCUGACUGUUGAGAAGCUAAAGAGUAUGCUAAAUCCAGCCAACAUAACCUUCAGGACUUACUCUGGCAUGAUGCAUAGCUCAUGUAUUGAGGAGAUGAUGGAUGUAAAACAGUUCAUAGACAAACAUCUACCUCCCGUAGACUGAAAUGAUAUGAGGAGCCUUCUAUAUAAAUACACCAGCAUCAACUGUGGUAGAGUGUUAAUCUUUUCACAUGCCUGAUAGGAAGCAUUACUUCUGUACCUGCGGUGUACUACUGUGUUGCAAAUUUAUAUUUAGAAUGAGGAUUAAAUAAUACACAUGUACAUGAAAUGAUAAUCUUGUUAGUAUUAAUCAUCCACUGGUGGGGCUAUAUGAAUGUGGCAGCUAGGUGACAAUGACAGAAUGUAACCGAAGCAUACUAUUUUAAGAUAUCUGAUUUUUUUUUUUUUUUAUUUCAGAAUUUCAAACUAUUUGUACAAGUAAAUAAAAACUAAAUUUAAAUGAGCAACAUAAAUAUGAUUAGUUAUACUUGAGACAUGAUUUGUUGUUAAUGCGCAUUGAAAGAAUAUUAAAACGUUUCCUUUAUGUAAUGGAUGCAUAAAGUACACAACAUGUAACAUAGUGGGCAUAUGAUGGUAGAAUAAAUGCUACAAAGGACGAAGCUUUAAAUAUUAAAUGUUAAUUGUUGUUCCCGAUGAGGAGGGUUGUUUUCCUAUAAUGACUAGAAGUCACUGAAGGUAUUUCUUAUAUUUAAACCACCUCGAUUUUUAACUUUUCAUAUAGGUAGAUAUUGUUGAAAUUAUAAAGGGACUCAUUCCUUGUUAGACAGUCAUUUGUCACUUACUGUCUUUUUUUUUAGUGUAAACUCAUAUCAAAUGCUGACUUGGAACAGAACUCUGAAGAAGUGUAUAGGAUUAAUUUGAGCUUCAUUUAAAAAUUCCUGCUUUUGUACUGAAUGUCCAUCUUGUGUUUUAGUCUUUGUAGCUUUCAUUUGUGUAGAAAUGUUGAUAAAUUUCACAUGAGCAAUUCCAGCAUAUAGCUUUGACUUUUCUGUCUGCUUUGGAGUAACUGAAAACAAUGCAGCUGUGUAGUUCUGUGUAUUGUUGAUAUCUUAUCUGUAACACAGACAUUGUCUAAUUUGAUUUCUUUUUUAAUAGAAAUUUGAGUGCAAUUGGAAUCUAAUUUUAAAUUGAUAUCUUCUAACGCUUAUUGUAUGUUGAGCCUCGAGUUUUUUCUGAAAAAGAAGAAAGAAUUUCAUUUUCAAAUGUAUCAUUCUACAUUUCCCUAGAUCAGUGUAGCCUAGGAAUAUGAAGAUCCACUACGGGGGGAAAAAAAAAUCUACAAUAUACAGAAUGUCUCUUCUUUCAGAAUUAAUUAAAAUUCUAGAAUGCACUGGGUUACAGAAAUUGAUGCACACUCAAGAACUUUUUGCAGUUAAGAGCCAUAAUUUAUUUCUGCAAACAGCUGUUCUUCUGUAGAGUUCAGAGGCUGUCACCACACUAGGAAUGUUUAAAAAAUACACUACAGUUUUUACUAUAUAAUAUGCUGCAAACAAUGUUCUAUGCUGUAAUAUCUUUGCAAGCAAUGAAUAUUCCUAUUUUGGAUGCAUAUGCUGUGUCAGCACUGUGCUUUAUGCCUGCAUUAGGGUACUUUCUCCUAUCCCAUCUUAAUCAAAUGGUUGUCUUAACUGAGGCAUCUGCCAGUACAAAUGUAUAAAUCGGAAAUUAUGGCUUUAUAUCCCUUCUUUAACACAACUGCUGCCAGAAGUCUGACUUGUUAACCUAGUGUGAGUUCUCAGUUUUCAGUGCUUUUUUGCAUUUGCACUUCAUUUUUAGGAAGCUGUUUUUCUUUUCUAAUGCAGUUCCUCUGGAUUAUUGAACUUCUCUUAAUAUGUAAAAUUGAAAAGGAGUUUUUUUCCUAGAUGGUGUUGAAACACUCUUAGAUAAUUCCAUCUGUGUGGUUGAGAGGGCAUGUCUGUUAACUUUGAAGUUUAAUUAUUCUUUUCCCUCAGUCACUCUGUUCUAUAGAUCUGCCAAUUUGUCUUUCAGUUAAUCUAGUGCACAGAAGAAACCAUAAUAUUCUUAUUGUAGUUGUGCCAAAGUUCUAUUGAGGAAAAAAAUGUGUCCUACCUUGGAGUCAUUCCCAAAUUGCAUUAGCUAGUUUUGCAGUGCUGCUGAAUUGCAAACUUGGUAAGCAAGCUACAUGUUAUUUCUCCUAGUUUUUAGAUUUAUCCUCAUUCCCCUAUUGUCUAAAUAAUUCCCUGAAUAUUGGCAUGUUUCCAAAGUUCUUGCACAAGCUUGUAAUUUUUCCUUUAUUAUUUUCUUGUUCUGUUUGUAAAUUGUUUGAUAAUACUGUUCAGCUGUCAUGUUCAACUUCUAAUUGACUGUGUACUCAUUUCGCAUUUUCUUUCUUCUGUUAGAAUGAGUUUGAAAAUAUUUCUUAAGAUGUUAAAAUGAGAUUAGUCCUAGCUUUAUUCUGUUAGCUUCAUAACACUUUCUUCAAUAUGGUGAACUGUGUUCAGAGCUUGUGGUGAUUUUCUAGUACUUACACAUUUUAACCCAAGUCAGCUUCAACUGUUGUCCUGGUGCUUUCAUAUGUUUUUCCAGAAAUGCUUUAUGUACUAACUUUGUUCAAAUAUUCAGCUAUCAUAACAGGAUUUUUUUCAUACUGAUGUUUUGCUGCUUGCUUUACCUGCAAAGAGCUGUGUUACCAAAGUAUAUGUUAGCAAAUGUGACUUACUCUGAACUUCUGUAUUGUUGGAAGAAUUUCCCUCAGGUCUUUUUUUGCAGGAGUGUAUGUAUGUUGUAGCUGGGGGUUGUUAAACAGCCCAGAAGCUAGACAAAACUUCAAGGCUGUAUCCUGUCUCCUCCCAUACUACAGUGUACAUCUUGAGCUCCUGUCUUUUGUAACUUCUCAGCUGAUUGGAGGGCUGUCUGUAUGAUCUUUUAGCUGAAUGUCCUCACUACCUGCAGUGAUGUGAUGCUGGGAUCGUUUCCAUAAUUGCAUGUAUUUUCAGACUGAACAAUAGUUCAGUCUGGUGUGGGGAUUUUCAUAAUACUCUAUUACAAUGGAGAAGUUGGGCUGUCAGUGUUCUAAAAGUGAAUGUCCUAUCCUCAUAAACUGCAAUUUGAAACUGUUCAGUAAUUAAGUUUAUCUUUUGUACUGUUAGACUUUCUCCAAAAGGGGAUGAGGUCUGUGAAACCUGCGAAAGCAUUGAUAUGAAAAUAUCUUGCUUGCAGAUCAGUUAGUUUUGAUGGGUAUUUAACUCCCUAAUGUGGUUUUAAUUUCAAAAUGGCACUUAAAUUUGACUGCAGUUUUGUGCAGCCAGAAGUCUGACUUCUUGUUGGAAUAUGUUGCCCACUACUUAAUAAACAUGUUGAAUUAUUUAUCAUAAGCUGAAUUUUCCAGCUUUUCCUAAAGUAAUCCUGUACUGGAGUCUAUUGUGGUGAGGGCUGUAUGAUUUGGUCUCUUCCUCCUAUCUUGUAUAAUUACAACACAGUAGGUUGGUAAAAGUACUGUACACUGUAACUGGUAUUAGAACUGUUAAUUAAAACAUGUUCUCGCUAAUGGACUAUACAGCAAUUCACUGAAAUAAUUAGGAUGCAUCUUUUCUGUAGAGGUGCUAUUUGUGUUGAUGGGUAUGACUGAGAACAAAUUGUAAGAUGUUAAUGAAGCCAUAUGUACAAGG